AUGAUGUCCUUUGUCCCUCUGCUCUUAGUAACCAUUCUGUUUCCUGCCAUCCAGACAGAGGAACUUACAAAAUGUCAGCUGUACCCGAUGCUGAAAGACCUGAAUGACUACAGAGGCAUCACUAUGCCUGAAUGGAUGUGUACUUUAUUUCAUACAAGUGCUUUUAACACAGGAGCCAUAGUCCAAAAUGAUGGAAGCACAGAAUAUGGACUCUUCCAGAUUAGUGAUAAGCUUUGGUGCAAAAGCAAGCAGACACCUCAUUCAAGGAACAUCUGCGGCAUCUCCUGUGACAAGCUCCUGGAUAAUGACCUUACUGAUGACAUUAAGUGUGCCAAGAAGAUCCUGGACAUCAAAGGAAUUGACUACUGGUUGGCCCAUAAACCACUCUGCACUGACAGGCUGGAACAGUGGCGCUGUGAGGAGUUGUGA